CAAGACUAAAACCCUAAUAAAUCUCCGAACAAUUUCUUGCUCCACAAAAACUCUACAGAGCUUCUCAAGAACCCUAAUAUUGCUUUAGAGAAAUUUGUUUUCCUUCCUUAUCCAAUUCUAGCCAAACAAUCAUGGCGCCUAAUCUCGAGUGCCGCAUGUACGAGUCGAAGUACCCGGAGGUGGACGUGGCAGUGAUGAUCCAGGUGAAGCACAUCGCCGAUAUGGGGGCCUAUGUCUCACUCCUCGAGUACAACAACAUCGAGGGUAUGAUCCUCUUUUCCGAGCUCUCGCGUCGCCGUAUUCGUAGCGUGAGCAGUUUAAUCAAGGUUGGCCGCAUCGAGCCCGUCAUGGUCCUCCGUGUCGACAAGGAGAAAGGCUACAUUGACUUGAGCAAGAGAAGGGUCAGCGAAGAGGAUAUCCAGUCCUGUGAAGAGUUGUACAAUAAAAGCAAGCUGGUCCACUCUAUCAUGCGUCAUGUGGCCGAGACCAUGAAUAUUGAUUUAGAGGAUUUGUAUAUUCAUGUUGGGUGGCCCUUGUACCGAAAAUUUGGUCAUGCUUUUGAGGCAUUCAAAACGAUGGUUACAGAUCCUGAUUCAGUUUUGAAUUCCCUCACCCGUGAAGUGAAAGAAAUUGGCCCUGACGGACAGGAGGUGACUAAGGUGGUCCCUGCUAUGACAGAAGAGGUGAAAGAUGCAUUGAUAAAGAAUAUUAGGCGAAGGAUGACCCCACAGCCCUUGAAGAUUCGAGCUGAUAUUGAGAUGAAAUGUUUCCAGUUUGAUGGCGUCCUUCACAUUAAGGAAGCCAUGCGCAAAGCUGAAGCUGCUGGCAACGAUGACUGCCCGGUAAAGAUUAAACUGGUUGCCCCUCCACUUUAUGUUCUCACAACUCAGACCCUUGAUAAGGAGCAAGGUAUUGCAAUUCUCACUAAAGCAAUUGAGGCUUGCACCGAAUCAAUAGAGAAGCAGAAGGGCAAGCUUACUGUGAAGGAGCAAGCUAGAGCAGUGAGUGAACGGGAUGAUAGGUUACUCGCUGAGCACAUGGCUAAGCUACGUAAUGAGAAUGAGGAGGUAAGUGGUGAUGAAGAGAGUGAAGAGGAGGAAGACACUGGCAUGGGAGAAGUUGAUGUAGAGAAUUCAGGUCCUGGCAUAACAGAGUGAAAAAGUGGCAAAGGCAGUGUGACACCCCUCCCUUGUGAACAAGUGUUUUUGGCAGGCGAUUUCGAAAGUUUGUUGAGUUCUUUUACCAGUUUAUGAAAUAUUAAUCUGGUUCUAAGAGAGUACCAAAUCCUAAUUGUUUACAAGUGAUAAUUCAACAUUUAGCUGUUAUUGUGAAGAAUCUCUCUGGGUUGAGCGCUUGAGCCAAGCUUAGUUGAGUGUUUGGUCAUUUGUGCUGCAGACUACAGAGAUUUCUUUUUGUGAAUUAACAGAGUUGCUGAGAUAUCUGAUUUGUGGGGAUUCCUCAAGAAAUC